AUGCCGGAAUUUGUGGGAGUGACUCCGGAAUGCAGAGUGCAGUUGGAAUGGCGGAGUCUCACCGCGUGUCCUCCACCUGCUCCCAAACCAGCCACCAAGGACUGCACUUACAUUGACGAAGAACGCGGCUUGAAAUUCAAACUCGGGACCCUGCGGAAAGACGGCUAUGGAUAUUUCGUGUCUGAAAGGAUCGGCUACAAUUACAUCACGUACAUGUUGAAUGUUUGCGAUCAUUGCGGGGGUUGUUCGGAGAAGAACUCUGCCGUUUGUUUGCAAAGCAUGGGGAAAGCUGUGAGUUUCGGCAGGGCUGACAAGGGCUUCUUUUUGUACAGGGAUGGAAUGCUGAAGCUGAGAUACGAAGGAGGUGAUGAGUGUGAAGUGGGUGAAGGGGACAGAGCGACUGAGAUUUGGUUUGAAUGCGAUCCGACUGCAGAUGACCAGAAUGCCAAACCAGAGCUCUAUGAGUCUUAUGGAUGCUUGGUGAUCUUGAAGUGGAAGACAACUCUGGUGUGUCUCGAUGGCCCGAAUCCUAAUCUUCAUUCCCGAAAGGGCCGCGGUGGAACCACAGGAAUUUUCCUCAGCCUGGUGGCGCUAGUCGGUCUGAUCAUCGUCGUCGCCUGGUUCGUCAAGCACGGAAAAGCCAAGAGAAGAUCCACCGCCAGCAUCAUCACGAGACCAUCUUCUUGUGCUUCCGACUCUGGGAUCCGCUUGCGAACCCGUCCCAGGUCCCGGAUGGACGGGUUCCACAGUCUUUUCGGCUCCCUUCGCGGACGCUUGCUGGGAUUCGGAUCGAGUGGAUCCAGGGACACGUAUUCCUACAGGAUAGUCGAAGGCAAUGACGCCGAGUUGGACAGAAGGGAUUCCGGGGACUCAUCUGACGAUGCCUUGUGUCGCUUGACUGCUGUGAGUCCCGGGACUAAUUACCAACUGAUUGCAAGUGACAGAGCGUUGGUGCCAUUGCAAGAAGGCUGUGGUCCAGAUUUGCUAGUCCUUGACUCUGAAGGAAACGAACCUCAAAUGAGAAGGAAACCGGAUCUAGUGUCCAACCAAGCAAGUCCAACAUUUGUUGUAGCUGAGGAUGAUUCUGAUGAUGAUGAUGAGCUGUUGCAAUUUUGAAAAAAAUCAUUGGCAAAAAAUUCCACUCCUGCUGAUGGGAGGGGCUUUAAUUUUAUUUUGACUGCUGAUGGGGUGAGGUCAGAAACCCUGAGAUGAUUAUAUUGGCAUCCCGUGAUGGAAAAAAAAAAUCUGUCUUUGCAGAUAAGAAUCGAAGCUUUUGUUUUCAGUGAAUCUAAUAUUCGGUCAUUGCGAGAUCUAAUUUGACACACAAAAAAACAGAGGUGAUUUAUUCGUUUUGUUUUUUGGAUAUCCCAACUUAAAAGCCGAGGUUGAAGGACAUUUUUAUUUCGCCUGUGAUCCUCAAUCGCUUAUUAUUAUUAUUGGAAGGCUAUAGUGGCAUUUUUGUUGUUUUGUGUUACCCCCUCGAUAUUUUGAAGCUUGAUUUUUUUUUCAAUGUUCCUGGAUUGUGAUAUUUUUUGUUGGACCCGGAUAUCAUGCGUGUAUUUUACGAAAAAUCGUAAUUCCUAUACUGUGUUCUUGCUUGGCAAUACUUCCCCGGGAUGCUUGGCUGCCAUAUUGCUGGUAUGAUCUGCUGAGGGUUGAUCAAAUGGAAGGAAUGAAAUGCAGAAGUUUUCCAGCAAUCAA